AUGGAGAAUAGCAACAUCAAUCAAAUAACUAUUGGAACUUUAAAUCGAAUAAAUAAUCCGUAUUCUGUUGGAAGUAUUGAAGGACUCAAUUUUAUUGCUUGUGCAAUAGGAUCUCAUUUACAUAUUUUAACUGAAAGAUUCGAAAAAAUUCAUGUUAUUCAUUGUGAUAUAAAUAAUUGUGAAAUUACUGCAGUCAGUUGCUGUUCUGAAUCUGGAAAGCAAUUUGUUUCAACAAAGAAAUUAAAAUUUUUGAGCCAGUUCAAAAUUUUUCCAUAUACAUGGACAGAAGCCCAAAGUUGGAGUAUGGAAGAUAAAAUUGGUGGAGUUCAUUGGGUGCUAGAAGGAUUUCGUUUACUUUUAUUUGUUGGAACAGAACUUAUACUUUAUCAAGACAAAAUUAUUUCCUGUUCAGUUGCAAUGAAUAAGCCUGCUCAAACUAAUGGAAUUAAAUUUACUUUAAAUUCAGAUGAAGAAAUUAAAUGGGAAGUUAUUUGGAGAAUUAAAUUAGCUAACAAAAUUAAACACGUCCGUUUUUCAAACGACGGGACUUUAUUUGCUACUUGUGGUUCUCAUGAUCCUUUUGUCAAAAUUUGGUAUCAACUUAAAGAUUCUUUUUCUUUUAUUUAUUUGCAACACCCUUCUUCUGUUUGUGGCUUUGAAUGGAGACAUUCUGGGGGAUUUUUAAUGCCUCGCAAAUUAGUUCACAAUGCUUUAAUUACAUGGUGUGAGGAUAAUACUGCGAGAAUAUGGAAAGAAGUCCAAAAUGGGGAUACAGGUCUUCAAUACAAUUUUAUCAAUGAUAUUCAACAUGCAAUUGUUCAACAAAAUGGGCAUCCUUCUGUUAUUAAACCAAAGCAUAAUCCACAUCGCGUUUCAUUGCAGAUGAGAAAGGCAAAAGCAAGGCUAAUACAAAAAUUUACUCACCAUCAAACUGAAAAAAAGAAACCCGACAUUCAAAAUUCUACACAAGUUCCCGAUUCAUCCGUUCCAGUUCGUCCCUCUUCAAUUGCUGAUUUUUCUAUUCCUAAUUAUGCCUCAGGAAAUCCUUUAGUUUUUUGUUUAAUUGCAACAAUUAAUGCAGAAGAUUGUCUACUUGUUCCUGCAAUUAGUCGUGUUUCUGAAAACAAAGACGAUGACGUGAAAAGAAAGCGACAUUCAAGAUUAUCAUUUUCUGUCCACUGGUUGAACAAUAAGGAAUAUGAUUUUGAAAUGGGGACACAAAAAGUUUUGGCAGAAAAUUUAGCCGAAAAUGAAUCUCGAGAUUUGUCUCCAUGUCAAAUUGUUUCAAUGCAUUCUUCAAGUAGUAGUGCUGGUUUUGCUGCUGACUUUUUAACUCCACAUCCAGGAAGUCUAUCACAUCCGUUAACUUCCCCAAAUUUGAUUAAAACAAGUCAACAGGCUGCUGAAUUGAAUGAUCCGAUGUCAAAUGAUUCAAUAGAUCACAAAUUGGAAGGUCUUUUAAGACAUUGGGUUAAAUCUUGUGAUAUUCUUUUUGCGAUUCAUCCAAUGGAUGGAAGCUUGUUAACAUGGACACUGGAAUGGCUAGAUGAUUAUUGGAAGCAACCUACAGUCAGUUUUGCUUCACGAAUUCCAGAAGCAUUUCCCCUAUCCGAUGCAGUUUCUCUAUUAUCUCCAAUGAACACUUUGCGUCCAUCACUUCACAUACUUUUUGAAUAUUCUCACAAAAGAAAAUCUGAUAUUGAAGAACAAAGUCAUACUCAAGAUUUUCAAGCUUUUCUUGCUCGAAAUAAGUAUUUGGCUAAAAACAAUGAAAUUUAUUUAUUAACAAAUCACCGAAUUGGUACCUUAAAUUUAUGGCGGAUACAAAUAGAAAAUACUCCAAAUGAAAGUGUUAUCCAACACCAAAAUAUUCCAAUUGCUGCUUCUGUUACAAACGUUGUACAUGGAUAUAGGAUAUGCAAACCUUCUAAUGAGCCAACAAAUUUGGAAAUUCAUAAAAAUGAAGGACUUUUCGAUGCUGCUUGCCUUUCUACUCCUCUCCUUCCUCAAUAUCAUCCAACUCAACUGGUUGGAAUGCUUAAUGCUGGAAAGAUACAAAGAGUCCGUGCUAUACUUUUGAAUGUUUUACACGCAUUACGAGCAAAUAAACAGGUCCGUAAAUUGUCUUCAGUUCGUCGAUAUUCUUUCGGUCGCCAAUCUUCUGUAGUGAAGCGACAAACUAUUGAUUAUGAUUUUGAUCCGGAUGUCAAACAGAGACGAAAUAGUAUUUCUGCUCGAUCUUCUUUCAACAAUAACGUCAUGGAACAAAAUCAAGUUGAUUCAAUUCCUUCUCUUCCUUUGUAUGCUUUGUUGUUAGCUGAUGAAGUUUCAGAAAAUGCGACAAAUUCUCAACAAAGCCAACUUGUUACAAGAAGUUCUUUCGACAAAAAGGAGGACGAUUUUGAUGAUCAAUCAGACGAUGAAAGAAAAAAUUCAGUCAGUCGUAGCCGAAAAUUUUCUAUCGGAAGUUUAAAUGAAGCUAGUUUUUUGGUUUUAACAAAUCCAGGUUCUCCACCUGCCGCUAAAUUUACUGCAAAUCACGCAAGAUACUUGACUGAUAUUCUCACUCACACUCAUUUACAUGGUCUAUCCAACACUGAUCAAAUGCAUUUAUUAGCUGUAGCGGAUACGAUAAGUCAUUUUUCCAGUUCGGCAGUUGACAGAUUGGCACAUGCAAACGCUAUGUUUGAACAAGAAUCGUCAGCUAAUGAUAAGAAUGAACAAACAACUUUUGCUUACACUACUGGAAUGGAAACUGUAGACGAAUGUGGAUUGCGGUUUUUAAUGGCUAAAAAACAAUAUGAAUAUUUACUUCGUUGUUUACCGCUUAAACAAAGAAAACAGCUGAAAACAAAUGGAAUUUCUUCCGCAUAUGUAAUUUGGGCAUUCCAUUCUGAUACUGAAGCUGAAUUGCUUAGUUCAAUUCCUUGUGUUCAACGUCAACAAGAAAACUGGGAUGAAAUGCGUUCUUAUGGUGUUGCUUGGUGGUUGAGGAACGUUGCUUCACUUCGAACUUGUAUUGAAAGAGUUGCGAAGAAUAUUUUUCAAAAAGAUCAAAAUCCUUUGGAUGCUGCUUUAUUUUAUUUAGCCAUGAGGAAAAAGAAUGUCUUGACACAACUCUUUAAGACUGUUAAUGACACACGAAUGUAUGAAUUCUUUAGAGAAGAUUUUACUCAAGAGAAAUGGAAGAAGGCUUCGCUUAAAAAUGCUUUUAUUUUAAUGAGCAAACAACGCUUCCAUCAUGCCGCAGCAUUUUUUCUCUUGGCGGGGUCAAUUAAAGAUGCUCUUCAGAUAAUCUUGGCUAGAAUUCACGAUUUACAAUUGGCUAUAGUCAUUUUGCGUUUAUAUGAAGUUGAAACUGAAGCACAAUUUGAACUUCUUUCAGAACUUCUUUGUAAAGAGGUACUUGGCUGUGAAGUAGAACACUUUAGACAAUUGAUAAAAAAUUAUGAGAGUAAGAAAACUGUUGAACCAAUUACUUUUCCAAAUGCAAGAGGAGAUCCUUUUGAACGGUCAAUGUCUCUUUGGAUAAUGAAUGAAUAUGUUUUUUCUGUUGAAACAUUUCUUGAAGAGGCAAAUGAUCCUAAGAGGAUUAAAGAUCGUGAAAUAAAAAUGGAAAGGACUAAUAGCGACGAUACUUUGAGACAUUUUGAACCAUCAUUCCCGGAUAUAUUCAAUUUUUAUUCAUUUUUGAGGAGACAUCCACUAGUGAUUCGCCAAAAAUUAACACGUGCUGGUAUUGCAAUGACCACAACAGAACAUUUUCUUACAUGGACACGUAGAAUUGGUUCAAGGCUUAGCGAUAGUGAAAAACGUCUUUAUUUGAGAACGGCAAAUGCUCAUUUGGAUUCUGGUUGUCCGCUUUUAUCGCUUGAUGUUCUUACUUCGUUGCCCAAACAAUUUGGGCAAGAGGCGGAAUUAGAAGUAAUACUGCCUGAUGUGAAUAGACCAUCUCUUGAUGAACAGAUUGAUUGGUCUAUGCCUGUUUCAUCUAAAUUAAAUCAGGAAGAACGAUUUACUUCAAUUAAGCCAGAAAUUAAUGGAAAUUCACUUAAGAAAGAUUUGAUUACAAAACAUGAAUUAUCAACUUUAGAUUGUUCAUCUGAAUUACAAGAUUUGAAAUUAUUUUCGACAUUGAGUAUAAUGACUGAUGAACUUACAACAUUAGCCAAUGGAGAUUAUGAAAUUCCUGGAGGCCAACUUCGUUUAAAGCUUUAUUGUUGGUUGGAAAGGGAAUGUGAAGUUCUUAAAAAUAUUUGCUAUUCGCAAGAAGAUGAUUUUGAAGAUGAAGUGAACGAAGAUGAGGAAAACAGUCAAUGUUCAUCAAAUAUUAUAAACAAUGAAGAGCCGACAAGUUCGAUUAUUAAAGGAACAGAUGAAGAAUUACCACCUCUUCACGAAGCAUUAGAACAAGACAGAAUCGAAUUAAAAGAACGUAAAUCAAAAGCAUUGAAACGAAGACUAUGGUUAAAAAGACACCAAAAAAUUUUACAUUCUUUGGCUGCAUAUUGUGCCUUACACGGUAGCAGAAAUAUUCGUCUUAUUGCGGUACAAAUGGAAUUGCUUUUGCUUUUAAUGGAAGCUCAAAGAGAUAAGGAAGUAUCAGAUAUUAGAACUUUUCCUUUACUUGCUGCAUCUCUUUCACCCAACGUUAACUCACCUAUUUCUCCACUUCGUUUCAUGUCUGAACAAUGCGCUUCGUUGCUCUCUGCAAUAAAUCAGUUUGAUAAAAUUCCUCAAAUUGAUACUGAUGUUUCUAAAGUUAUGAAACUAUUUUCACUUUGCCAAGGACUUUCAUUUUGCGUCUACCAAUCUCUUUCAAAUAUUGAAUUAUUUAAUCAAUUUCGACUAUCUCCUCAAACGUUUUCUGGUCCAUUAACACAACCUAUUCGACGAACUAGUGUUUCGGUUACUGCAAUUGAUGAAUUAGAUGUUCGUAGUCAACCACAACAUUGGCCUGGCGUUGAUAGUUUAAUUAAACUUUUGAAUCGAGAAAGUUUGCUUGACAACACUCCUCCAAAUUUACGUCUUCUACUUGUUGAAUUCUUUUCAACAAUUUUUCUUUCAACAUUCCUCUAUGCUUUCACUUUUUACGACUCUAGACUACUUUAUCGUUUGGCCGCGCAUCCUAUUGGUAAUCAAAUGUUUGGAGAGAUUUUUGGCGGUGGUGGAGAACAUAAACUAAAAAGCGCCAUCCCAGUACGUCCACCACCCCCAAGAAUUGGUGAAAGAACUGAAAGUAAUUCUCAACUUCAACAACAAAAUUCUAAUCAAGUUGAGGAAAUAGCUUUAAUGAGAGCAAAAUUACAUGCUAAAGUAUUUGCUCCCUCAUCUAAAGCUACAAUUAACCAAAAAUUACCUUCCAAAACUCAUCAAGGAGGUGCUUCAGAACAAAUUAUUCAAUGUUGGAUUCCCCCAAGAAAACACAUUUUACAAUAUUUUACAGAUAAAGUAUUAAGUAACCAAAUAGGAACAGUUGCAGAUGCUAUUUUUGAUGAUUAUGAUUCUGAUCAAGAAUCAAAUGAAGAAAAGGAAUUAGAUGAAACUACAACUGACUAUUUUAAAUUCCAAAGUGAUUUGGAUGAAUUGUCUUUAAAUAAAGAAAGAAUAUAUCCACAUUGUUGUCAUGAUAGUUAUGCGUGGCAAUUAAUUCGUUUGGCACUUUUAAGGCUUAUAAUUUCUAAAAUUGAAUGUUUUGUUGAGCUUGCUGGUUUUGAUUUGAGAGAAGUUGCAAGAAGAUUUCCAAAAUUAGAACAGUCGAUUACAUGUCUUAAUUUAUGGGCUGCACAAAUUGAAGCAAAGCUGGGAACAGAUUUAACUGAAUGUCCUCCUGAUUUCCUGCCAAAUAUGCAUGUUCAAGAACUUUCUGACAGUGAACAACAUCAAAAUCACGGGAAACCUGUUGCUGCAACACCAACACUAAAUAAAUACCACAAUUUAUUGUUAGAACAUGGAAACACUCCAUUUGAAUAUGAUGAAACUGGUGUAAAGCCUGUUAGACGUUUAUGGAUUCAGCUUGUUCAUCAAGAGAGUUUAAUGCCUCUUUUUGUCCGUUUUAUUUUUGGGAAAGAAAAAACAAAAUCUCUAAGUUCGUUCACUGAUGGAAGCGUCGAAAGCCGUUGUGGACGUCAAGCAGCCCCUAAAAAUAUUAUCUCACAAUUUCUUAAAAUAUUGAAUUAA